CCAGACUCUCUCUCUCUCUCUCUCUCUCUCUCUCUCUUCACAUUACACAGUCGAAGAGUCUUUGAAGCCAUGGCCACAAGCUAUUUUCACUACCAACAGAGGUGAGCUUAUUUCCACUUUCACUUCAAUCCAAACACACCUUUAUUCUAGAAUCAUUGUUUUCAAUUUUUGCUUCAUCAAUCAACAACAAAUUUGCAUUUUGAUUCAAUACACACACACAUAUAUAUACACACACACACACUUUUACCUUCUUGAAAUGACCUCACUGCUCAGAAGAAGAACACAACCCUUAAAAACCCUCCUCACAAACUCAAAACUUGCUCCAAUUAAACCCUCCCAAAACCCUCAACCCCCAAUCCCCUGUUUUCCCCAACAAUCUAGGGUUUCAAAAUGUCAAUCUUUUUCAACCCAAUCCCCCAAAUUCCCCGAAUACGAAAUGCCCUCAGUCACGUGGGGCGUUGUUCAAGGGCGUAAAGAAAAGCUCGUCUCUCGUGUCAUAAUUUGUGAUUACUUGAAGGGUAUAGGCAUAGUCCCGGAUGAAUUGGAGGACCUAGAAUUGCCCUCCACUGUCGAAGUAAUGCGCGAACGCGUUGAGUUUUUGCAGAAAAUAGGGUUGACAAUUGAUAAUAUCAGUGAGUACCCAUUGAUGCUUGGUUGUAGUGUGCGUAAAAAUAUCAUACCUGUAUUGGGUUACUUAGAAAAGAUUGGAAUUCAAAGGUCGAGGCUUGGAGAGUUUGUUAAGAAUUACCCUCAAGUUUUGCAUGCGAGUGUUGUUGUUGAGCUUGUUCCGGUGGUUAAGUUCCUCCGUGGGCUUGAUGUUGAAAAGCAAGAUAUGGGAUAUGUGUUGAUGAAGUAUCCGGAGCUAUUAGGGUUUAAGGUUGAAGGGACGAUGAGCACUUCAGUGGCUUAUCUAGUUAGUAUUGGAGUGAAUCCGAGAGAUAUUGGACCAAUGGUCACACAAUAUCCAUAUUUUCUGGGAAUGAGAGUUGGGACGAUGAUCAAACCACUUGUUGAUUACUUGCUUUCCUUGGGUUUGCCAAAGAAGAUCAUAGCGAGGAUGCUUGAGAAGAGGGCAUACAUACUUGGUUAUGAUCUUGAAGAAACUGUUAAGCCGAAUGUGGAUUGUUUGAUAAGUUUUGGGAUUCGGAGGGAAGCUCUUGCUUCAAUUAUUGCACAAUACCCACAAACUAUUGGACUUCCUUUGAAAGCUAAAUUGUCAACACAACAGUAUUUCUUCAAUUUUAAGCUCAAGAUCGAUCCUGAUGGGUUCGCUCAAGUCAUUGAGCGAAUGCCACAGAUAGUUAGCCUUAACCAAAAUGUGAUCAUGAAACAUGUUGAGUUCCUUGUUGGACGGGGCAUACCAGUGGAGGAUGUUGGAAAGAUGGUUGUAAAUUGUCCACAGUUAGUUGCUGUGCAAGUUGGGCUAAUGAAAAAUAGUUAUUACUUUUUCAAGAGCGAGAUGGGAAGGCCAGUGAAUGAGCUCGUGGAGUUUCCAGAGUACUUUACUUACAGCUUGGAAUCGAGGAUCAAACCCAGGUACCAGAAGUUACAAAGCAAAGGAAUUAGGUGUUCGUUGGCUUGGUUUUUAAAUUGCAGUGACAAGAGAUUUGAAGAGAGACUACAAGCUGAUUACCUCGAAAUUGAGAGUGCAGGUCCAUCAUUUUGUAUGGGUGGGAAACUUGCACUACCGGGGAGUGAGGUUGUUUCGGAUGUCGAAGAUGAGAGUGAUGAUGAAAUACUUUAUAGACGCACUGUUUCUCUUUAGUUCAUUUUUGUGUUGUCACAUUAAAGAAUUAGUUAUACUUUUUAAUGUUGAUGGCAAUCUGUUGUUUAUUUUCUGUAGGAAUAUCAAAUGAUUCUGAAGAUUGCUUAAUAUGAUGAUAUAGCUUGUGGGUAAUUAUUGACUGAUUAAUUUAUUUUAUUUUAAAAUUACUGGAUGCUCUUCUCUUCAUGCAUAACUUUUUACUGGGUAUUCUAAUUUAUUUGAUAUUUGACAAAGCAGGAAACUGUUGUAAAGAUCUGAAGGUUUUCUUGAACCUACAUUUGACCAGCAUUUUGACAGACUAAUAAUCCAAUUCAAAUUUUUGUUGAUGCCCUAAAAUUAUUAUGAGAAUAUUCCGUAAACGUUGAAUUUGACCUGAAUCUCAAGAUCAAACUAAUUUCUUUCUUCUCUAACUUGCAAUUGUUGUAGGUUCGUUUUUUGUUUUCAUUUUUCAUUUUCUGUCUACUGUUCAAUGUUCACAUAAUGGCUCAUACGUUUGUUUUCUAUAAUUUCCAUUUUAAUUGUGCAUUGCAAGAAUGCAGAUAUUUUGCCGUGGGGGCAUUUUAUGGAAUGAAAAAGAUCUCAAAAUCUGAAGUAGUGUUACCUUUCUAUCAUCUCUCUCAGCUCUAUCACACUCUGCUUCUCUUUUUCUUUCUCGAUCUCUUGGUGAAGGGAAAUACUAUUUCUUCUCUCCUGUGCAGCAGUCUUGCUCUUGGCAAGAUCAGAACAAUAGAUUUUGGUGACGAUCUUCUCUCUCUCAGCGAAGAUCCUCUCUCUUGAUUCCCGUGCUUAUAAUGCUCCUAAUGCUUUUCAAGUUGCUGCAAUGGCACGAGGAUAAUGAGGCUGUAGAGUAUAGAGAGCGUGAUAUUAUUGUGCAGAAACGUCAUGGUCAUUCUGAGAGAAUUGGAAAGCAUGCCUCAUCAACUAACGACUCUCAAGGAUGUUUUUCUAUCAAAAAGAUGAUAAGACAGAAUGUAAUGAUCGUUGAGAAGGCUUAUCCAAGAAAUGGAUUUACAAAUGGCAAAAGCUUUAAAAGCUGGUCUGUAUUGAUACAGAGGCAAAAACCUUGAGAACAUGUUUGGAGCGAUGCACAGACAACAGGUUUUUUGGACUGAUGUUGCUGCUACAGUGUUUCUGGGAAAACCAUGUGUCUCUCUCUCUCUCUCUCUCCAAAAUGAGUGACCUUUUAGUAGCAUCACAUUGUCAAUUUUCUACUCAAAAGAAUAUUGUUUCUGGCUCAUUUUGUGUACUAAAAUUUUCUAAUCACAAUGGUGCAUUUUCAGAUCAUGAUGACUGAAUAAAGUCGUAAAUCGAAUAAUUCCCAAUGGCCUUUUGUUCUACCGAAAUAACUUGAGCAUUUAUUGACUACUUUGAAGGACUAUUCACCUAACAUCUCCAGCUUGGAACUUUUGGUCUUCUCUAUCAAUUGUUGGUCUAGUUUUCUUUGCUCACAAGCUGGAAGAUGGCUGCCUUAUGGAGUCUUGGGUUGUCCUCAGUUUUGAGGCAAUAUUUAUUGGUUUUUUUCUUUUAUUGAUGUAUUGAAAUGUGCCUACAUUGUACUUAACUCAUACUCAUCAAUGAAAUUUAUUUUUGCUGAUCAAAGAAA